AUGGAACAAUCAAGGGUUCAGUACGGGAGGAAGGGCAUUAAUCUGGGGAACAUCAUCGGUGAUCCCUUUGCCCUGGCUACAGUCUCCAUCUCCAUGCUUGCGUGGAUCAUCGCUUUCAUCAGUUCCAUCAUCGCGACGACGCAGGUCACAAAUAACUCUGGCUCGUUUCCGCCUUUCGCAUGGUGGACCGUCGUCUACAUGUUCUUCGUCAUCGCCGGCGUCUUCGUUGUUGUUGCCUCCGACACGGCGCAGACCUACCACGUCGCUCUCACAGGAUACUUGGGUGCCGCCCUGUCCCUGAACUCACUGACCAUCCACUCUCUCAUUUAUUCGGCCAAUGGCGCCCGCCAGGCUGCUGGUGCUGGCUUCAUCCUGAUGGCCAUGGUUACCAUUGUCUGGAUCUUCUACUUCGGCUCCGCCCCGUCAGCAAAGCCGCGCGCCUAUCUCGACUCCUUCGCUCUCCAGAAGGAGUCGCACAGCCGACAGAUGAUGUACGGCGGCGGCCGGCCCGAAACCUCAACCUCGGUGCAGCCCCCGCAGAUGUACACCUCGGCGCAGCUCAACGGUUUCGAGAACCCGUCUCCCGUCCAGGGCAUCUCCACCACCCAGACACGUAAUUCGGGCGUGGCGCCGACCUUCAACGCCGCUCCGCCUGCUGCGAAGCCUCCUGGCCAGGACCAGGAGGUGGUGCCGCCCACCGAAUACCCCUACCGCGCGAAGGCCAUCUACAGCUACGAGGCCAACCCCGACGAUGCAAACGAGAUCUCCUUCUCCAAGCACGAGAUCCUGGAGGUCAGCGACGUGAGUGGGCGGUGGUGGCAAGCACGCAAGGAGACAGGCGAGACGGGUAUCGCGCCAAGCAAUUACCUGAUCCUGUUAUGA